UUCUCUCUUCUCUUGACACUUCUGCAAAAUCGGAGGGACAGCUACGCGUGACUGGUGUUGCUGGUAUGUUUGACAGCAGUGCGCGGCGUGGGUCGCGGCCCCGGUCGUCUCCUGCACCUCAGCGAUCAAUACACAACAACCAGGCAGUGAAGACAAUCCUCGUUCACACCCUCACCAAGACGCAUUACUGUAGUGAAGAGCACGGGUGCGGACCGCGGGGGGUAUCACACCAUGCUGGGGCGGGAUGUGCACGCGUUCCUGGAGGAGGCUGGCUGCUGUUGCCGGUGCACCCUCAUCUUCCUCGGGACGCGCACAGACGACUUGUACGGAGAUUUGUCAAAGAUAUAUGAAGCUACAGAGGCUGCUGUCACUAGACUCAACGAUCAGAGUGACGAGGUACAAAAUUCAAGAGAAGACUCCAGCACCUCAGAAACCACAGCAGGGAAUAAAUGCUCAGGUGAUGUCAAUGAGAAGUGUCUAUCAAAUGAUGAGUUCAUUACAGAGAAAAGUGGUGCUAAUGAAAACAGUACAAAGAAGCAGAAAUUUGCUGUCUGUAUUGCCUGCAUCGGUGUUCUUCAGUGGGGCUGCUCUGAGGAGGCUAUCAAGCGACUGAGUGAGGCUAUCAAGGAUGGUGGUCAUGAUGCUGAUGGGUUCAGUCUGUCCCUCUCCCUGCCAGCCUCCAUCAGUCUUCGGACCCAUAGACUCUGGACGCUCCUCCUUCAAGCUCAUCCAAAGUUUCCAGUCAAGGGCCGAGAGGAUCACAUUGGCACAGUCAAAGAUGUUUGGAAAAAUGUUGUUGGCCCACAGUUGGGAGCUGCCACAGGAAAAACAUUCAUUCAUGGCACUUAUCAUGACUUUGUCUUGAAUGUUACUUGUACAUAUGUCAAUGAUUUAGAGGAUUGCAAGAUAAUGAAUGAACUCUGCCAGACGAUGUUUGCUACUCGCCAAAAACAACACAAAAAGUAUGCCAACAGUGUAUACUCUAAACAAGCAAUUGAUGCUGCCUUUAAGAAGCUGACUGAUUCUGAAGUGCUCAGGGUGUGCCCCUCACCUCCCAGCACACCUAACGAGCCUGUCACCUUUGCCAGCCUUCAGUGCCAACAGGCUGCCAUGUACAUGGCUGGUCGAUACAACAAAUACAGCAGAGACUUGCCUCAGACACCUUGGUUUGUUGAGGGUGAGCGCAAGCUGGGAUCCAGUGUGCAAGAACUCAUAUGUGACAUUCUUAAUCACACUGUUUGUGCCGAGGAUCUAAAGUUUUCUUCAUCGGGCAGAGAGGAUGUUGACGUGAGGUGUUUGGGGAACGGUCGACCCUUUGUUGUAGAAUUUAUCAAUCCUCAGAGGACAAAACUGAGCAGGGACAAGAUAAGCUCCCUCCAGCAGACCAUUAAUAACUCCACCAAGCUCAUAAGAGUGAGAGAUCUUCAGAUUGUUGAAAAAAAAGAUCUGAAGAAUCUUAAAGAAGGUGAAGAAGAGAAGACAAAGGCUUACUGUGCCCUUUGCAUUGCUGCCAAGGGCUAUGAUAACUCUGCCCUGGAAGCUUUGUCCAAGAUGCCUCAGCUGGUGCUGCAACAGAAAACUCCAUUGCGAGUCUUGCAUCGCCGUCCUCUUGCUACCCGUUCCCGAACCAUUCUCAGCAUGAAGGCUCAUCCUGUAGACCAACAUUUUUUCAAGCUGCACCUCACAACUCAAGCUGGAACUUAUAUCAAGGAAUUUGUGCACAGUGACCUUGGCCGCACUGUUCCUAACCUUGGUGAAAUCAUGGGCUGUGAAGUUGACAUUAUUGCUUUGGAUGUUGAGAAUGUUGCCCUCGACUGGCCUCCGAAGUGUGGUGAUUGACUUACUGCCUCCUUAUGUAGAAAGAGUAAGUCAGGGAUGCACUGUAAGGCUGUGUCUACUGUGUGACUUUCUGACUUUAGAAGUUAACUUUUUCACAUAAAAGAUGAGUCAUAGGUUUUGAUAAAUAAACAUAUAUCAAAGAG